UCAGGGAAGGAGCUCCUGUCCAAUGUACUAGCCUGUCUUCCCCGAUCCGCCUUUCCGGCGCGCCAACUUCCUCGUAGCCGCCAGUCCCCCGCCUUCUCCGGGCGCACCACCCAAAAUUCUCCCGACCCAACAACGUCCAACGCUCUCGAUCGCCCCCUCUUCCUCUUCCUCCUCCCAGCCUCCCGAUCGCUCCAGCGCGCCAUGAGCGAGGCACCCGGGACGACCGCCGCCGCCGGAGACGAUCCUGACGCCACCGCCAACGCCAAUCAGCAGCAGCAGCAGCAGCAGCAGCAGGCGCAGCCCGAGGCGCAGGACGACGCGGACCAGCUGUCGGAGCUGAGGCAGAUCUUCCGGUCCUUCGACCGCAACAAGGACGGCAGCCUGACGCAGCUGGAGCUGGGCUCCCUCCUCCGCUCCCUCGGCCUCAAGCCCAGCACCGACGAGCUCGACGCCCUCAUCCACCGCGCCGACACCAACUCCAACGGCCUCGUCGAGUUCUCCGAGUUCGUCGCCCUCGUCGCGCCCUCGCUCCUGGACGACCGCUCCCCCUACUCCGAGGACCAGCUCCGCAGGCUCUUCGAGAUCUUCGACCGCGACGGCAACGGCUUCAUCACCGCCGCCGAGCUCGCGCACUCCAUGGCCAAGCUCGGCCACGCGCUGACCGCCAAGGAGCUCACCGGGAUGAUCGAGGAGGCCGACACCGACGGCGACGGCCGGAUCGACUUCCGUGAGUUCUCCCGCGCCAUCACCGCCGCCGCCUUCGACAACGUCUUCUCCUGACCGAGCCGUCGACCUGAGAGAGGCCCGCCCAUCAAUCGCCUUCGACCUCCGUGCGGAUUCGAUCCAUCUCACGCGUCAUCAUCGGUUGCGCUCAGUUGGUGUCCGUGCUUCUCUCGAUCGAUUGUGUUCUUGUCCGGGGACGGGGAGGUCAGUGAUCAGAUAAUUUUUAGGCUACAGGUGUUGGGGGUGAGAUGAGCUGUUGUGUGUUAUGAAUAACAAACAGAUUAAACAUACCAAGAAUGGCAAUGGCAGGAUCAGUUUAAGGAUCAA